AUGCUCUUCGCCAAGGCGUUUCAGUCUGCAACCGUUGCAGGUGCAGUGAUCCUCGCUGCCCUCGUGGACGUUGCUCACUCUACCCCGCUCGACGAUCCCGGCCAGUGCGGUCUCGAAGCCGUCGCCCAAUGUUGCACCAGUCUUCGGGAGAGUGCCGUCGGAGACAAGGUCUUUGCCUACGGCGACAUUGAGUACUUCCGCGCCAAGCGCUCGUACUAUUCCGUCACCACGAGCCUCAACUCGGCCUGCAUCGUCCUCCCAGAGAGUGCAGAGGAUGUCUCGACGGUUCUCACCACCCUCACCCAGCCCGACUUGGCGGAGACCUGCCCCUUUGCGAUCCGCAGUGGCGGGCACUCGAUGGUCGUCGGGUUCUCGGAUAUCGCUGCAGGUGUCACGCUCGACUUGUCCAAGCUAAACCACACGAUCUAUCAUCCCGAAACUGAGACGGUGUCGCUCGGCCCGGGCGGCAGAUGGGUUAAUGUCUAUGAAGAGUUGCGUCCUGACAAUGUCAUGGUCUCCGGUGGGCGAUUUAGCAGUGUCGGCGUCGGCGGCUUCCUGACUGGCGGCGGUAUCACAAUCUACUCUGCACAGCGCGGACUUGCUUGCGACGAUGUCGUGUCCUUCGAUGUUGUCCUCGCAAAUGGCACGCUCAUCCAAGCCACAAACGCCACCAACCCCGACCUCUUCCACACCCUCAAGGGUGGCUCCGGAAACCUGGGCGUCGUCACCAACUUUGAAGUCCGCGCCUUCCCCCAGACCCAAAUCUGGGGCGGAUACACCUCAUACAAUGUCUCCAAGACGCCCGAGCUGGCGCGCACCCUGCAGAACUUUACCUCCAACAUUGAGCAGGACCCCAAGGCACUCCUCGUCACUUUUUGGACAUACGACACCCUGACCGAUGUGAACCGCGCCGCCAAUGCCAUGUACUACACCGAUCCCGUCGAGUAUCCAGAGGCGUUUAAUGACUACUACGCCAUUGAGAAUAUCUCCAGCACCGUGCACACCCGGUCGAUUGAAUCGCUUGUCACCGAGUUGGAGGAUACGACGAACUGGUUCCGCGUGCUUUUCGUCACACUUGCCUUCAAGAACGAUGCCCGCGUCAUCGAGCACGGCGCCAACCUGUACCAGGAGUACAUCGACACUAUCAAGGCCAACGUCUCCGGCGGCGACUGGCUGGUUAUUGCCGGGUUCCAGCCCAUGCCCACUCUGUUUGGUACGAGUGGUCAGGAGAAUGGAGGCAACAUUAUCGGUCUCGAGAACAAUGGUGACAAGAUUGUCCUCCUCUUCGAGGCCUUCUGGGAACGCACGCAAGACGACGAGCUCUUCGAGCCAUUGGCCGACGAGCUGAUCCACAACCUGGAAGAGUACGCCCGCUCCCUCGAGCAGGACAGCGACUUCCUGUACCUCAACUACGCCGACGGCUGGCAGGAUCCCAUUAGUGGAUACGGUGGCGACAACAUUGAGCAGCUUAGGGCGGCGGCGGAGAAGUAUGAUCCCAACGGGGUUUUCCAGACGCAGGUUCCGGGUGGAUUCAAGAUCAGCAAGGUUCCGGUUGCGGAGCAGAAGAAGUAG